CCCUGCACCUUGUCUGAACAACCCUACACACGGGUACACCCAGGGACCAUGGACAGCCCCCCCAAGCUGUCUGGUGAGACCCUGAUCGUUCACCACAUCCCCCUGGUACACUGUCAGGUGACUGGGGGCCGGCAGGGCUGUGGGUCCCUGAAGAGAUCAAACCCUUUCAGCUACCCAGAAACCCUGGGCUUGAGCCGCACAACCUCCCUUCCUGAGCAGGAUGUUCUCCAGAGGGAAGCCCUGGUUAACUGCGAGGACCAGGUGAUGGUGAUGGUGGCCCACACUAUGCCCAGGGUGAAGCCAAGGGAACAGGUCAACAACCCACUCCGGCUCCGUCACAACCCUUUUCUGCUCAACACGGAGGAGGAUGAUGAUGAUGAGGAUGAGGAAGAUGAGGAAGAUGAUGGUGAUAACCUGAAUGGUUACUUGGAAGACUCCUCCUUUCAUCUCCAUGGCAAUACAAACUCCGCCCUGGACGAGGAGGGAGACGGGAUUGCACCCUUUCACCUCCACGACCUGGGGUCCACCACACACAAGCCCUUCCUGUUGCACAGCACCCUGGGUAAGCACUCUUGGGGCUGCUCAGGGAGGCUGGACUCCCUUAGGGGCGUGUCCUCUGAUCUCUCCACCCACCUGGAGGGCCUGGACUUGCUGGGAUUGGCCAGUCCACGUCGCCACGGCAGCAGUGGCUCCACCCUCUCCAUGGACUGCGGAGAGCAGGAGUGGGGUGAGGAUGAGGAGGAGGAAGAGGAUCACCCAAUGAGGGGUGGGGGACGGGGCAGUAGCCAAGCUGACUCCUCCUCUGGCUCUGGUGCCGCCCACCAGCGCUGCUCCUGCUGCGGCCUCUCCCAGACAUAUCUUGAACACUUCCCGGAACCGUUUUCAGAGUCGUCGGAACGCCAGAUGGGCUACGCCAGCGACUCUUCCUGUAACAGCUCAGAUGGCGUGCUGGUUAACUUCAGCGCCAUCUAUAAUAACAUGAACAACAGCGUCCCGGCAACCUCUACCAAGCCGCCACCGCUGGCCACCACGACCACCAACCUCAACAGCUCCACCGACCAAUCUUGCACCUCCUCUGUCUGCAUCUGCUCAGUGCUGGAUGAGGAGGCAGGGAGCCGAAGAGGCUCCGGAGGUGGGGGGGCUUUCUACCUAGACCUCCACACCUCCCCCACCGAACCCCCCCACCUCCACUCUCAACAACCCCCCUGCCCCUCCAACAACACCCUGCCGUUACUCAUCGAACCACACUCUCACCCUCACCCCACCACCUCCUCCUGCACCUGCUCAGCUGAACACCAGGGGGCUCUAGACCUGGACGCCAACUGCAACUCCUAUCACCCCCCCCACUCCGACUCAGGAAGUGACCUCAUGUCCUGUCUGCAGAGCCAGGCGCGUCUGGUGGUAACCACCCAGAACUACUACAAGCUGGUGACCUGUGACCUUUCGUCUCCGUCGCCCCCGAGCCCUGCGGGAAGCUCCGCGUCGGUUACCAGCUGCUCUGACGAGCACAGCAAGGAUAGCCCUGCCCCUGACACACCCACCGCCACCCAGCCAACCGAAUACUACCUGUUCAGCCGCUUCUCUGUCUUCUCUACCCAGCGUGAUGAAGAUGAGGAAGAACAUGAUGACGACGAGCAGGACGGGAAGGAGAGGAAGCAGCAGCAGCAGAUGGGUGGAGCCUGUUCAGACCCAAUCAUUGAGGGCCAGGUGUACGUCAACAUCUCCCCUCCUGUGGUUGGCCGAGGACCCAUCGGAGGUGGGCCCAGCCGCCCCCGUUCCCGUAGCUACGACCGGAACCUGGACAUGUCCCCGCCCCCUCGGCUCGGCUCAUUGGAGCGCAUGCUGAGCUGCCCUGUCCGUUUCAGUGAGGGCACCGCCCCCCUGCGCCCGUCCCCUCUGCCGCGGGUCACUUCCUUUGCAGAGAUCGCUAAGAGCAAGAGGAAAAAUGGAGGAAGCUCUCCUUCUCUCAGGAUGGGGGGAUGUACAGAUCCCUUCUCCUCCACCCACUCGGCCCACUCCCACUCCUCGGCCGACUUCUCCCCCAUCCUGGAGGGCAUGGGUCAGGGUCCGAGCCACAGCCACAGUUUGCCCUUCCAGCGCUGCUACAGCCAGGGCAGUGUUGACCGCCACUCACCUGGUGGUGGCGCCAGAGAGACACGCUCCAAGGCCGAAGGUGGUCUCUCCAGCUCUUCAUCCAGCUCAGCAGUGGUGCGUUACACUAAAGACCAGCGUCCCACCACCCUCCCCAUUCAACCCUUCACCUUCCACCACCAGUUCUCCAAGCCGCCCCAGCCCCUGCUUCCCCUGCUGACAGGCUACGUCUCUGGGAUGCAGGCCCGGGGUGGAGGGCCUUCUGGAGGUCCGGAGGGGGGUGAAGGCGCCAACGACCCAGGGGAAGACUCGAUGCGUUGGUGCCAGGGUAGUGGUGGUGAUGGGAUGGUGUCAGCGGUGGCUCGCCUUGGUCCUGGCUCGGUCCGGCCCUCGCCGCUGGGUAGCUAUUCCCCGGUCCGCCUCCAGGGAGCGACAUCCAGCUCAGGGACCUGUUCUACCUGUACCCCCAGCCCCCAGCCACCUCGUAGCCUCUCCUGCCCCCUCUCCACUGGGCUCCUGCCCCUUCACCAUACCCCUCCACCAGCAGCACCACCGGCAGCUGCCCCUCUGCCACCCACACCUCCGCCCCCAACAUUGGGGGUGCAGGGUGCGGUGCCCCCCAUGUUGCCUCCGGUGCAGGGCCAGGUGCAGGGUCACCACCACCGUGGAACCCUGCCCACUUUACCGGCCGUUCCCCAGGACAGUGAGACUUCGCUGGGAUACGAGGAGACGACAUUAGACUCCCUGGAGGGGAGCAGAGGAUCAGGGCCCAGGACACAACAUGGCCAGUCUGUGAAGCAGCUGCAGCAGUACUACAGUGACUUCCUGCCAGACUACUUCUCCCUGACCGAGCGUCCUCCAGAAGAGUUCUGUCUCUCUCCGGAUGCCUCCUCUUCCUCACAGUCCCACAUCGCUGUGGACCUGCAGCAGAAGAGAGGUUUAGUCAAAGCCAUUAAUACAGCGGUAGAUUUAAUCGUAGCUCAUUUUGGCACCAGUCGGGAUCCUGAUGUGAAGGCAAAGCUGGGUAACAGUUGGGUGAGUCCCAACGUGGGCCACCUGAUCCUGAAGUACCUGUGUCCGGCUUUAAGGGAGGUGCUGGGGGAUGGGCUGAAGGCCUAUGUCCUGGACCUGAUCAUAGGACAGAGACGCAACCAGCCCUGGAGCCUGGUAGAGGCCUCCACACAACUAGGCCCGUCCACCCGUGUUCUCCACAGCCUGUUCUCCAAGGUGUCCCAGUACUCAGAGUUCACCAGCCACAGUAUGAGACUGAACGCAUUCAUCUUCGGACUGCUCAACUUGCGAUCUUUGGAGUUUUGGUUCAAUCACCUCUACACUCAUGAAGACAUUGUAGCGACCCACUACCACCCGUGGGGUUUCCUGCCGUUGUCCCAGAGGCCCUGCCAGCCUCUAUUCGAGGAGUUCCUUCUCCUCCUGCAGCCUCUAUCCCUGUUGCCCUUUGACCUUGACCUGCUCUUUGAGCCCCGAUUGGUCCAGAAGGGCCAGGAACACCGUAGACGCAAGGAGCAGCUCUGCUCCGCCUCCACCGGCGAGGACCUGGACCAAUCAGCACGCUCCACCUUCCAGCUCAUGAGGGGGUGGAGCACAGAGUCACGGAGGGCGGAGUCUAUGAGUGAUACAAGGGAAGGGGGCGGGGCGGGGAAGAAAGAGAGGCUGGGUCUGAGACGAGAGGGAACAUGGCCUAGGAUGGAAGGGGUUGGAGAGAGAGGGAGUAGAGAAGGGAUGAUGCAGAGGAAAGGGUCUAGGAGAGAAGGGGCGGGGAUGGAUCGUUUAGGAGCAGGACUUUUAGAAGCACAGCCAAUGACGACGGAAGUAGGGACAGGGUUUGCCAAUCUGUGGAGGGAGAGUGGGAGGGGGAGGGGCAUAGUAAAGAGAGCAAAGGGGGUAGGAGGAGAGAGCCAGAGGGAAGGGGAAAGUGAGGGAGGGAAGGAGGAGAGGAGGAAGGAGAGAGAGAGGGAUUGGGCGGAGGAGGGUCGUCAGCGGCAGGAGCGUGAUCGCCAGGCGUGCUGGUGGUACCAGCUCAUGCAGAGCUCCCAGGUCUACAUCGACCAAUCAGCUCAGGGGGGCUCAAAGUUUGUCAAGACUGAGAAGAGGAAGAAGUCUGCAGAGAGGCGGAGCCAGCUCCCGCCCCCCAGGGAGGGCGUGGUGGAAGGGGCAGAGUCUAGCCAGGAUGAGGAGGGUCUCAGAGAGAGAGGGAGAAGCAGGAAGAGCAGCUCCAGCUCCAGUGGUGAGUGGACGGGGUCCAGGGGAAGAGGAAGACUCUCCUGGAUGGGGAGUCCCCCAGAGUCACUGCUCACCCAGGACAAGGAGAACGAGACGGAACUGGGGGCCCCAGUGACAGGAGCACCAGAGGCCUCAGUGGCCCAGCCAGCGGCCCAGGCUGAGUGUCCCUCCCAGGGCCAGGGCAUGCGUUGGGGUAGGCUGUUUGGGUCCAGCGUAGGAGGUGGUGGCACCCCCUCCAGGCCAGAGCAGAGAUCAGCCAAAAGUCAGAGCAGGCUGCCGUCCGGCUGGCUGACAGGUCUGGACAUGUCCGUGCUGAACUUCGUAGCUCAGACGGUGGGGGCGGGGACAGUUAAGAGGGUGGAGCCUUCAGCUCCUAUGGCCCCUCCCACUCUGAACCAACCCUCUCCACCUCUUCAGACAACACAGGAGAGCCACACCAAACAACCCUGUGAAGUGCGAGCCCUGUGCCACCACAUAGCCACGGAGCCUGAUCAGCUGAGUUUCCAGAAAGGGGACGUACUGAGGGUCCUGAGCCGGGCCGACUCCGACUGGCUCCUCUGCUCCCUGGGGGCCCAGCGGGGCCUGGUGCCUUUCAUCUAUGUUACCCUGAGGGGCAUGGAGGAUAGCCAGGCGCCCCAAUGGCCUCAGGGGCCACACUGACCUGACAGACUCAACUAGGGUUCCAAUAUUCUGUUUUUUCAGAAAUCACUGUUGGGAGAUUCCUGGAAUCAAGAGGAAAUAAGGAGGAAAUCUGUGUUUCCUCCAACUGGGAUUUCUGGUAAAUCUAGGGAUUUUGGGGAAAGUUAGCCUGAACCGAGGGGCCACAUUAAGGAAGGGAGAGUGGGGAAAGGAGGAAAGGACUCAGAGGGCCAAAUAUGGACGUACAGUAUAUAUUCACUGGGUGGAUAAAAGACGAUGGAUACUCAUGGAGGAUGCUGAUAUGACUGAUUUAAAGUGUAAUUAUUGUACUGUGGGAUGAGUACGAAACACACACACACACACACACGCACACACACACACACACACACACACACACACACAAAGAAACAGAUGUAAACAUGCAUGUAUGUACAUAUACAUACACACACACAGGAGCGAACAAACAGACUUCUCUACGCAUGCAUCUACACUAAACUCAUGCAUGCAUACAUUCAAAAACUAUACUCACUCACACGCACACACACACACACACACACACACACACACACACACACACACACACACACACACACACACACACACACACACACACACACACAAACCAAACCAAACCAAAACAAACUGUGUGGGAAUACCAAACAGAGACACAUGGCUAGCUACAGAGAGUGCCUCAGCUCAGCCAAUAUAUAUAUAUACCACACCUAGCUGUGCUUUCCUUUACCAUGCACCAGAACUAUACUCUAUCAAUCACCUAGCUGUGCCACACUUUGAAUGCAGAUGCUAAAUUCUAAAUGCUAGUGCAAAUGCUAGUGCUAGUCCUUGUCCUAGUGCUAAAUACAAGUGCUAGUGCUAAAGCUAGAGCUAAUGCUAGUGCUAAUGCUAAUAGAAAACUUCAGGAGACUGGUUAAAGGACUUGUCAUUUAAUGUAUCCACACUGACGUCAUGCUACUUGAUUUACUUCAUUAGCCCAGAGUACCCCUGCUUUGUAGUAGGAUGCUAGUAUGAAAAGUAGUGUUGUUACAAAACAGAAAAGAAGAAAAAAAAAAGACAAUAUCGUUUGUGUGAUCUAUCUCUGGGUGUGUCUUCUGACAGCUGUCGUCGUCUCUCUGUGUGGGCUAAAUACAAAUGGACAGACAGAUAAACCGGUUUGAACUGGCUUCAUUAAUUCCUCGUCAUCUGCAAAUUCCUGAUACUCAUCAUCUUGGUAACACAAUGAUUUUGGAUGGACUUAUAAACCUGACUGAUUGGACAAAGCCAACAACAUCCUCUGGUUCCUCCCUUCACUUCCUGUUUGUUUUGGUGGAUGGGAUGAACUGACCUAUCACUGCAGGUGUUGGGAAGGAAAAGGGCAGAGCCGGGCCUAGUGCAUGUAACCUAGCAACAAACUGACAAUGUUUUUGUGUCUUUUCAACUCUUCUUCACCCCUGUUCGAACCCCAAAACCCUUCGAACCCCAAAGCUCCUCCCACCUGCUCCGCCCCUCUCUCCUUUAUCCAAUAAAACUGCACAGCUUUCAGGAGGAUACUGUACCUCUGGUACAGAGAAAAUGAAGAGUUUCAAGAGGCUAUGAUAAGCUAUGAGCUGUAUGUGUCUAUAUAUAUAUCCAUACUGUAAAUGCAUAUACAACUUACUUAUUUAUUGAUUAAUGACUAAUGACGAUAUAAUUUAUUAUCGUUGAGGAAAACCGUGUAGUAGAGGUAGAUAAAGAAGGAAGGAUGUCGAAUGAAAGCAACACAUGGCUUUGGAGGUCUGUUCAGGUGCUUGGGUGAGUUUUUCUGAACGUGUUGGGGAGAAGGCUGUACAAACCAAUGGAGAGGCAGAGCCAGCUCCACCCCAACCUCCCUAUUCUAAAACGCUCUAAAAGUGGGCUUUUCUAAAACAUAAUAGAAGUACACUGAAUGUUUUAAUUUCAAGCAAAAAAAA